AUGCCACGAGACACUUCUACCAGUCCAUCAAGAGCCACAGCGGGCGAGGAGGAGGAGGAGCAAGCCCUGCAGACCCCCCCGGCCGAUCUGGAGGCGGAGCAGCCGGUGGCACAGGCAGCACCCCGCCGCGGCCCGCCUGCACCUGCAGCGGCGCCGCCACCGCCGCUGCCUGUGCUUGCGCUAGCCGCUGGCGCGGCAGCCGUGGCGGCAGCCGUCUGCCUCCUGGUGCGGCACCUGCGGCGCCGCAGGGGCGGCAGGGUGCAGCGUGCGGCAGUGGGCAAGCAGCAGGUGUUUUCGGCGGUGCUGGCGCUGCGGGAGCCGUCGGUGCCGCUGCCGCCGCCCACACCUGCCAGCCUGGCGGGGCGCACCCUUGUGCUGUCUGAUCGGCUGGAUGUGCAGAGCCUGGAGACAGCAUUCGGCUGCCAGCCCUGGAAGAGCGAGCAGCGAGCGGCCAGCCAGACUUACGGGCCCGCAGAUGCACUGGUGGCGGCGGGAGCGCAGGGCAUUGCGGUGGUCCACGGGGAGCCUCUGGGCCUGGGGCCCCUGCUGUUCCUCAGCGGCGCAGGCACCCCCAACCCCGCCGGCAAGGGGCACACCCACGGCGGCGGCGAGUAUGGCGCUGCCGCCAGCGUGGCGGCAGGCCUGGCUGACCUGGCUCUGGCCGUGGACGAGCUGGGCAGCGCCCGCGUGCCCGCCGGCUGCUGCGGAGCCUACGCUCUGCGCACCACAGCGGGGGUGCUGCCCCUGGAGGGAGCCGCCAUCACUUCACGCAGCCUGGCGGCGCCCGCCCUGCUGGCUGCCGACCCCCAGCUGCUGCUCAAGGCGGGCCAGGCGCUGCGCCUGCCGGGAGGCGCCGCCGCCUCCACCGACGUGCUGCGCUACCUGGUGGCAGAGGACUUCUUUGCGGCGGCGGGAGAGGAGACGCGGGCGAUGAUGCCGGCCGUGGUGGCGGCCGUCAAGAGGUGGGCGGGUCCCGACCAGGCGCAGGCGCUGUCGCUGUGUGAGUGGCUCUACCACCGGGUGGCCUCGCUAGCGGCGUUCAUGCCCGACAGGAAGAAGGAGGAUGCGGCGGCAGGAAUGGAGAAGCAGCAGCGGGCGGAGCAAGUGCUGCAGGCGCUGGCAGCCGCGGCCGAGGUGGUGCGGCAGUGGGAGUUUGUGCAGGCGUAUGGCGCCUGGGUGGAGGCGCACCAGAGCCAGCUGGAGCCCUCGGUGGUGCUGUACUGGCAGGAGGCACAGCUGGUGGACGAGGGCUUGUACAGCAAGGCGCGGGCGCUGGCGGCAGAGCUGCAGGCGGCCAUGCGCGCGUCGCUGAUGGAUGGAUACAUCUUUGUGCUGCCCACCACCCCCGGCCCAGCGCCGCCAGCAGCGGCAGGCGCAGGCGGCGCUAGCGGCGGCGAGGCGCAGGCGGCACAGGCAUUCCGGGCGCGGUGUGCGCAGUUUGCUGCGGUGGCGGCGCUGUCUGGGGUGCCGCAGGUGGUGCUGCCGCUGCCUGUGCCCGGCGGCAUGCCCCUGUCUGUGUCGCUGCUGGCGCUGCAUAAGCGGGAUCUGGUGCUGCUGCAAGCGGCAGCCAAGCUGGGCCCUAUGCUGGCUGAUGAGGCGGCGGCACUGGUGGCGGAGCGCAACAACGGCGACCAGCCGUGGUGGCGGCCGCAGGCGCCAGCGCCCGCCGAGGCCGCAGCCACGGCCACCGGCGACGGUGGCAAGAAGCCUGCGGGCUCGUCCCGUGCCAAUGGCAGGCGCAAGAAGGCCGACAGCGCGCUGGAUGCGGCGACGGCGGCAGCCGAGGCGUUCAAGGAGGAUGGCAACGCGGCGUUCCGGGCUGGGCGGUACGACGAUGCGGUAAGGCAGUACGGCGCAGCGAUACAGCUGCGCCCGCAGGCUGCCGUCUACCACGCCAACCGCGCCAUGGCCUACCUCAAGCUGGGGUCCUACGGCGCCGCGGAGGCCGACUGCGACGCGGCGCUGAAGCUGGAGCUGAGCGCCAAGGCACUGCUGCGGCGCGGCUCCGCCCGGCUGGCGCAGGGCAAUGCAGACGGCGCCAAGGCCGACUUUCGGCAGGUGCUGGCGCUGGAGCCUCAGAACCGGCAGGCGCGGGAGGAGCUGCGGGGCAUUGAGGCCAUGGAGGGGGCGGCAUCGGGGGUGGAUCAGCUGGGGCCCUUCUGA